UUGACAACUUGAGCCAUCUUUUGGAAAAUUUUACAAACAGAAACAGUAGGUAAUGCUUCUAAUUGGAAAUGGUGGAUUGACGAUCUAAAGAUCUGCUUCCGAAAUGACAAACAAAACCACCAAGAAAGGCAAGAAGCCACUUCAAACUACUUUAGGCAAAGCGUCCCUCGGCGAAAAGGAAGUAGAUUUAUCCCUCGUCGGUAGACCAAUAGACACUAGCAUCUUUGGUUUGAAACAAGUGCUGACUCUUUUCCAAACUGCUACGGAAGAAGUCAAAAACUACAUCAUAUAUGAGUGUGAAAUCAUUUAUGAAUGUCGAAUCUGUAAGUCCAUUUAUAGAAGUCUCGCAAAUUUCAUUCUUCAUAAACGCAACUAUUGUCGUGAUAAAUUCAUUCCUACUGCCUCCAACCGAAUGAACUGUGGAAUUCAGGAUUAUGCUCACCCACCAAGAUCACCAGAGGGGACGAACGUCCUAAAAUCUGGAUCACUGAAAACUCCAAAGCCUCCUGAUACUGGCGAACAAGUGGCAAAUAAAGGUUUAUCUCCUGUCAUAGAGAAAUUGAAAGAAAAACAGGAAAUAAAUCAAUUAACUUGUGAGAUUUUGAAUACAGAUUUGUCCAAGGAAGAAUCUAAGGGACCAGUAUCUUCUCUUUCUGUUCCCAACAAUGAUUUUCUGUUGGAAGAAAUCGCUACCAACAAUGCUGCAGUUUUUCAAACUAUGUUGAAGACCAUGUCUAGUAAAGAUCUCAGGAAGCCUGAUUUUAUGAAAUCUGAGGUUAUGGAAAUUCAUGGAAUUUUGGACAGCGAUGAAGCCGUUCUGGGUGCAGACGGGAAAAUUUGCAAUUUCCAAACCAACAGAAUCAAUAGUAGUCCAAUAAUACCGAAGACUGAACUAAGUUGUACGGAAUGCAAUAUGAAAUUUUCCACAAAAAAAACCCUAGUAUGUCAUCUCAGGAAUAAACACAACAACAGCCGUUUGGUUUACCUCUGCCCCGAUUGCAAGGAGACGUAUGCAAACGCUUGGGGUGUUUUUAGGCACCUUUUCAAGUUUCAUCGCAAAACUCCUGCUCAAGUAAAAAGAUUGAGACAACAAGUGCAUAACAGUAUUAUAAGGAAAGACGAAGAACCCCACAAAAAAGGGGAAAAGAAAGAAGCUGUGAAAUUUGACAAAACCGAUGAAGAAAAUCAGUGGUUGAAUAAUAUCGAAGGUGAUAAUGAUUUCCAGAUGUGCGGCGGCUGCGGGAAAAGGUUCGAGAGAAAAGCAGCUCUUCACUCUCAUGCCCAGAUGUGCACUAAAAGGAUAGCGGUUUGUAAUACUAUCAAGGAAAACAAUGCUAAAAAGAAAGAAGGGGAAAGCAAAGAUACCAAAAUGAAACAAACCAAAGUAGACAAACCGCUUUUAUUGGAAGCUCCUCUCAAAGGAGCUUCCAAAAGAAAGCCUUACCUACUGAGAACUUACAAGACUGUAGGAGAGGCGGACACACAGAGGCUCCCUCAGAAUAAUUGUGAUGUCAACGCCAAUACAAAAAAUAAAGAAAUUGUUUGUGAUAUUAUGAAAUCAGAGAAGGAAGAGGAAAACAGUCGCAUCGCUCCUGAGAUGGAUAAAAUCGAUGCUCAACAUGUGCUGGAUAUUAUCGGCAUUGCUUCCAAAGAACAAAUAAUUGGUGCGACGAAGGAAAGUUCGCCGACGCCAGAAGGCAUGAAAGACGGAACCAUUGACUUUGAUUCAUUCUGCCAGAGAGUGGGCGAACGCAUACGACAAAUCCACUCUACUCCAGAAAGAAAAGAUUCCGCAACCACACGAGACGAAAAUCACUCCAACUCUUCGCCGGAUGUAUCAAUGUGCAGCAUAAGCAUCCGCAGUUUGGAAGAACUGAAAGGGUUUCCGAAAGAAACGGAAAGCAGAGAUGCAGAAGACGCUUCUCCGAAGAGCCGCAAGAGCCCGCGACGCCCUUCGAAGAGGAAAAGGACGUUGUCCCAGGAUUCGGCAAAGACGAAACCUUCGAAGAUAGACUCCCUCUUGGAAAAAGCAGAUGUCGGUUUUAUGAGGAAAAUCCAGCCGUACAUAAACCCCGAGCAGCUUACGUGCAAGCCUUGCCAACAGAGGUUCCCCGCGGUUCUCGAUUUACUGAGACACAUGUCGGCACACUUUUCCUGGUUCCGCUUUCAGUGCAGCCGCUGCUCGUUCAUGGCAUAUGACGAGACAGACUGCGCGGACCACGCGGAAACCGCCCACUCCGAAAGCGACAUCGGUGGCGUUGUGCUUCCCAUCCCCAACUGGAAGACGGUGCUGAUGUCGAACGAGUUUCCCGCUAACCCGCCCCGUAACGAAGAGGUCGCGAAAGAGAAAGACGUGACUGGAGCGCCCGACGACAACAUCAUCGCCACGCUCUUCGUAGAUUCGGAAGAGAUGGAGGAAAUCGACGCCGAGUUAGACGCCCUGCCCUUCCUGACGCACGUCUCCGAUCAUAUGUCUUGCAUUAAGCACGAGAGCAUCGACAUCGUCGAAGAGAGCAAAGACUCCUUCAAGUUGGACGAUCCGCAGGAGAUGUUCUCCACGUUCGAAAUCGUCAAGGUCAUCGACAACGAUACCGACGAGUACGACUUCCGAUCAGAGUUCGAUGUGAAGGAGGAAAUCAUCUCUGCUGACGACGAGGAUUUUGUGAUAAUGAAGUCUCUGGGAAGUGAGCCGAAAGGGCCACCGAGUCCUGGGGCCAUCAAGGAAGAAGUUGUCGUCUGCAAGGACGACGAGUUUGAGGAACUUACUGAGACAACGAACCAACAGACGCUAAAUUCGAGGCCGACGAGAAACCGCGUGCGAAGCUUCAAAACACUUCAGGAAGAUUUUUUCUACGAGCAACUCGGGAAUAGAACGAGUGCUUCGCAGAAGCAGAAGAAGAACGGAAGCGGCGCCCUCGCCAAAAAAGGGAUAAGGGGUUUGAGGGUUUAUUCUAAUAAACAAUAGUUUCUACAUAGUGGAAGCAGAAGGGGGUAAAACUGCAGGGAUCACCAACAUUUUUGUGAACAUUGUCGGUUUCAGAAAUUUUUAUUUUUUUGAUAACAAUCAUUACCAAAUUUUUUUUCCAAAUUGUUCGAGGAAUAAUUAACGAUUUACUUUUUUUCAUUUUUUCAAAUACAAAUUUUUACUAAAGGAAUAUUUUCGAAACACACUAGUCAGUCUAUCUGAAAAAGUAUCGCUCGACAAUACUUGUGAAACAUGUCUUCUUCAAUGAUGUUGAACAGAACUUGUAGACGUUUUUACUCUGUUCAAGCUUCGCUGAAGCCUUCGAGUCUUAUGCCAAGGUUUCCAUUUUUAAAAAGUAUUCCCAGUUCCUUUACAUGUGUAUAUAAUGUAAAUAUAAUGGAUCAUUGUUAUUCAAUUGAUAAA